GAAGAGAACAGAAGAGAAGCUUCUCUUAGGACAGUAGUACAGUAUCAAGUGUGGAAAAGCUCCUCAAGAACCCAAAGCAGCAACCAACCUGGAGAAACUGGGAAAAAUAGUAGAAAUGAAGAAUCAGAAGAAUGAAAGCCAGAAGAAGAGCUGGGAUGGGGAAAUGAAGGAAUUAUUCCAAAAGUUGAGACUAUGGCAGGAUCUGAAAAUGUCACCUCUGAAACACAUUUACCGAACUGAGGAGCUUCUAAGAUUACCUGAACCCCGCUUGUUCAGAAUUUGGGAUAUUACCCAGAAAUUCUUCUUUAUUGUCAAUAGCAUGCUGAUAGCAAGCCCUCUGGAUUUCAAUUCACCAGUGUGGAUGGCCGUGCUCCCCAAUAAUGCCUUAGAUCCAAGUCACCAACCCAUAUUUAUUGGCCUCAGGGAUGGAUCACAUACUCUGUCUUGCACAUUGUCCAACGAAGGUCAACCCCAGCUACUCUUAGUGGAGAGAAGCAUUAUGGAGCUGUACAAUCAAAAUCAGAAGUUUUUGGACUUCAGUUUCUACAGCAAGAUGGAUGGCAGCUUAGAAACAUGCUCUUUUGAAUCUGCCCAGUUCCCGGGUUGGUUCAUAAGUACUUCUUUUGAACCCAACAAACCUAUCAGUCUGGGUCAAAAAGGAGGCCCUGACAUCACACUGUUUUAUUUUGAAACAAAUAAGAGGAAGGAAAAAGCGGAACUUGUCAUCACUAGAAUUGUUUAAGGCGAAUGCCUCUUUCAGAUUUUGUGGGAAAUGUAAGUUUGUUAGGAAGUAAAAGUUUCACUUUUAUACAACUGAGGAUAUUUUUAGCCGACUGAGCAAAACUGGAAUUUUUCAGAUCAUAAAGGCACUUAAACAAUGCCUGCUUUUUUGAUUUAUUAUCAUCAUUACUCUUUGCUAAACAAUAAA